AUGGUGGACCCGUUUGACUCGAGCAAAUUCAAGGACUUCGAGGCCAGCGUCGAUUUCCAGACGGCAUCGUCCUCGCUAGCAGCCACUAGCUCGUUUUCAAAGCUUCCCUACUCCAUUCUAUCCUCCCGUGAGAAGUACUUCAUGGUGGCUCUCUUGAGUGCCAGUGGAAUCUGGUCCACGUUGGCCACCUCCAUCUACUUCCCAGCCCUCCCAGUGAUUGCUGAGAAGUUCCACGUUUCCACCGAAGCCGUCAACCUCUCGGUGGUGGCAUACUUGCUCUUCCAGGGUGUGUGCCCCACCUUGUUAGCGUCGGUCUCCGACCACUACGGCAGACGUCCGUGUGUCAUCGGAUGCCUCGUUUCUUAUAGCGGUGUUUGUGUGGCGAUCUCCCGAUGCAACGCCUACUGGCUUUUGGCGUUCUUACGGUGCCUCCAGGCAGGCACCAUUGCCUCGUUGAUCUCGGUGUCUUCGGGGGUCAUUGGCGAUAUGUCGAUCAUCUCGCAUCGAGGCAAGUUUGUUGGCUUGGUCUCGGGAAUACAGCUUCUAGGCCAGGGGUUUGGCGCCUUGUUGGGUGCUGGGAUCGUCACUCACUGGGGCUGGCGAGGAAUCUUUGUAUUCUUGGCCAUUGGAAGUGGUUUUGUGGGGAUCAUCGCCUUUCUCAUGCUACCUGAGACCAAUAGGUCUCUUGUGGGAAAUAUGAGCAUCAUACCCACCAACUUCUGGAACAAGCUGCCUAUUCUAUCGCUGUCGUACUUUUCGUCUAGGCUUCUGGACGACAAGGAGACUAAGGAGCCUGUCACUCCCAUCAGGCUCUUUGGCUCCUGGAAAAUCAUUGCAGAAAAAGAGGUAUUUUUUGCCCUCCUACCUGGAAGCUUCCAGUUUGCCACCUGGACCAUGUCUUUGACCACCCUUUCAACCAACCUCCAGGCCGACUACAACUACUCAACCAUGCAUGUCGGUGCUUGCUAUUUGGCCCCAGGUUUGGGGACUUUGGUGGGGGCUGUUCUUACCGGAAGAAUCAUCGACUGGGUCUACAAACGCCGCAAGGCCCAAUACGACUACAAGUACACCCAUUUGUCGGAAAGCGAGAGGCCAGAAUUCGAUCUUUUGAGGGCCAGGCUCGAUUUCGCAGCAAUUCCGACUAUAUUGCUAAUAAUAUUCUCGGUGGUUUUUGGUUGGUGUUUGGACAAAAAGCUCAGCGUGGUGCCAAUCUUGAUCUCUCUCUUCUUCAUCUCUUGCUGCGCUGUAUCCUUCAUGAGUGCCUCCACCACUUUAUUGAUUGACAUGUACCCUGGUCAAGGCUCGGCUGCGACGAGCUGUAUGAAUUUGCUGAGAUGCUGGAUUGGGGCUAUUGGCGUAGGUGUUUUACAGAAAAUGGUGAACAAAAUGGGCGAAGGAGGAACUUACACUUUAAUGGCCGGAUUAUGCUUGAUGAGUGGAUUAUCUUUAGUUUUCGUGGUCAAGAAGCGCAACUAG